AGCUCAUUUCUCAAAACAAAGACAAACCAAACAACCAGAAUGAACGUUGACCACGAAAUCGGACUGUUGAAGGAGGAGAUCAAACGUCUCGGCGCCAAGAACGCCAGCGGCCAGUACUCUGUCAAGUACGGCGUGCUGUUCAAGGACGAUCGUGUGGCCAACAUCUUCGAGGCACUGCUGGGCACGCUCAAGAGCGCCAAGAAGCGCAAGAUUGUCGACUUCAAGGGCGAGAUGCUGCUUCAGGGCGUCCACGACGACGUCGAUGUCAUUCUGCUGCAAGAAUAAACCGUCCUGGAGCGCAGAUGAUCGUCUCUCGCUCAGGUCAUUGUGUGCAUCUGGUUCAAAGGAAUUGCAGAUUUUGAAAGUCCA